UUCCACUCUCUUCUUUGCUCAACCUUGUUCAUUGAUCGAGCCUGCCGCCGACUCUCCGUCGCUGAUCUUCAGCAUUCGAGAUUGAUGGAUCCGCAGACGCAGAACACUUCGUUGCAGCGACUCCAGCAUGUGGAGAGGAGAGUGGUAAGGGUGUUGGAUAUAGCGGGAGGAGUAAUGGAAGAACUGACGAACCCUCUUGGUCCCAGGAAAGAUCUCGUCAAGACUCUUUGCGGAGAGUUCAUGCAAUCCAUCAAGGAUAUACAAGUGACACUAAGGGAAGAGAUCAAAAGCGCCUGCGAGUACCGCCCCUUCGAGAAAUCUGAUUACAAUGCUAGAAUCGCUAAUGAGAUCUGCUUCCAGAAGCUUCAAUACGUUCUCUCUCAGCUUCAUCAUCUUAAAACUUCUGUUGACCAGUAUCCAUCUUCCGAUUGAGCUCUUAUCAAAGUACUAGUUUGUUGUAGUGGUUUUAAACAAAUAUCCUCUAUGUUGGUGGUAUUGAUGAUAUUCUUAAAAGGCUUUCUUGAGUAGUUAUGCAAAAACUAUUAUGAUCUAGUCUCCACCUGUUUUGUGUUUUCAGUCGCUUGUGUGGCACAGGUAAUAUUUUCUUCUACUUGCUCGAUUCAUUUUGUUAGGAUAUUUGGUUAGAGCAUUCACAUGCAAUGAACAUUUUCCAAGCCACCGAAUCGGCAAAGCGUGUGUAGGAGGAGUUCAUGGGAAAAGAGAGUCUGACUUGUUGGUUGGUCUUUAAAAG